AUGUUCUCGCUUCGGUUUCUAGCCGUUUACCUAUGGUCAACAUGGGUAAUAUGCGUGUCGGCCAACGGUAAUCGCACUGUAAUUGACCGUACAUUGAUAGAACAGGGAAAAAAGUUGGCUUCAUUGUUAAAUCAGCAAAUUGGCAAGGUAAAAAUAACAAAAUUUUGAAUUUUAAGGCUUGGUUUCAAAGUAAAAAUUGUAAUUUUAAAGGAAAUUUUGGUCAAAAUUCACUGAUUUAUUGGCUGUUUGGCGACAUUUUUUGUAAAAUACGUCAUUAAGUUGUCUUACUGGUAAAUUUAAACAAUAUUUUAAAAAAUAUAUUUUGAAUUUAGGCAGCAAACCCAACAAGACAGCCGGUAUCGAACGUUGAUACUAAAAAGAAGGAGAAGUGGUCGCCGAACGACAGUGUUAUGGCCGUUCCAAUGAGCCCAGAAGCGGUCCUACUGGUUUGGAAAUGGCCGGAAGGGACUUCUAAUACUACUCAGUUUACUGUAUGUUUAUUUUUUAGUUUUGUAACUUUAGAAAGUCGGUGAAAACAUUACGAUUUUGGCUAAAAACUGUUGAUUUUUGGCUAUUUUUAGGUUUUUUACAAAUUCUCAAACAACAUUCAGUUUGAAGACCCAUUUGAGUACCUAAAACAGGAAGAUAUAGGUGAGUUUUUUACUAUAAAUUUUGGAAUGAAGUUAUCUUUGUUUUUAGAUAAGAUCCCAACUCCUAGUCAGCCUCCAAAGUAAGUUAUGCAUCACUUUUGUCAGGUACUAUAAGAGUUUGAAAAUAUUGUAGUAGGUCAAGUUUGACGUUCUGUAGCUACUAAAGUUGACAUUAUAAAUCAUUGUUUGUUUAGAGCAGUAGUUAGUAGAUAGUGUGUAGCCUAUUUCGUCAAAAUUUCAUAAUGUUACAGUAACCCAUAAAAUUUUUAUACGGCUUUAAAGUUUACUUAUCAAAAUAUUGUGGUAGUUUAUGUUUGACGAGCUUUAGCUAAUUAAUCAGAACUCCAAAGUAGCGGGCUAAACCCUCAGCUGAUAACACGUAAUAUAAAGUAUCUUUUCCCAAUAUUUCAUAAAUUUACAGUAAUUUACAACUUUUCUACAACCAUUUAUAUUUCAGCCUAGUUAAGACCAUAGAUAACAUAACAUGCUCUGAAGAUCCUUGCGAAUACAAAGUUCGAAAUUUAAAUCACAACUCGAAUUACGUUUUUUGGGUUGGCCAGAAGAAUAGUCGAGGCAUGGUAAAGAACAUCACCAACAUACCAAUGUCGGUAAAGACGAAACAAAACGCUUUGGCACUACGAGUAGAACCAAUUGGUACCAAUUGUCUGGAAUUGAAGCUGUAUCUAAAUCCGAACGUCGAAUGGCCUACUACUGUUGAAUUUAAGGUUGGGCAUGUAAGGAACAUCAUUUUUAACGUUUUGAAGGGGGUUUAAAAUAAUUUUUGGGAAAUGCAAAAUUCGGCGGGAUCUUGAAAAUUUGAGUUUUUCAGUUAAAAUCUGCGUUUUUAUAAAUAAAAAUUGUAUUUUUAUUUUACUUUUACUUAUUUCUGGUCUUAUAAGUCUAAAAAAUAGUAAUAAAACAUCUUGUUGCAGAAUGCCAAAUUUGGCGGGAUUUCGAAAAUUUAAAUUUUUACUUGUAAAAUGGUUUGAAAUCAAUUUUUAUGAACUUUCUUGCUAUAUUACGCUUAGAGACAAUAUAAAAACGUUUUGUUGCAGAAUGCCAAAAUUGGCGGAAUUUUGAAAAUUCAAAUUUUUAUGUUUUGAAAUUGCCAAGGUUAAUAUGAUUUUUGAUUUUUUAGACCAAAUUGAUAUUAAAAACUUUAGUUUUACAAUAAAAUACAAGAAAAAUGACAAUUAAAACCAUAUUUUUAGGAUUCUUUGCCAUCCCAAUACAUUGACCACAAGUACGACCUAACUUUAUAUAACGGCUCGAUAGUGCCGCAUUAUCAACAUAAUAUCACUGUAACGGAUGUGUUUUGUGCAGAGAACAGUAGUCUAAAGUUACAGCCACAUGUGGAUUAUCGUUUUGAAGCCGAAGCGAUUUAUAAUGGAGUUUAUGAGUAUGACAAUGGCCAAAUUAAGGAGUUCAAUCAGAGCUUCGUGGAGAAGGCUGAUGAACCUGCUCAUUUGUUGGGUAAGGGAAUGUAAAAAUCUGGCAAAAUGCAUAUUUUAAACGUGAAAUUUACACUUUUUUUUAGAAAAUGUGGAGAAGUUUAAAAAAUUCAGUGUAAAGAAAGUUAUUGCGGUUUUUUAGAUAGUUGAGAAAUUUUUAUAAUUUGAAUAUGAUGGUUCGUAUUUUACAUUUAAAUAAUUGUAGCAUAAGGUAAUGUUAGCUAUAAGAGAGGAUAAGAAUUAAAAUAGGGUAAGCUCGGCAAAGUACAGUAGACCAUCGAGUACGGCAAGGUAUAAGAUAAGGCAGGAUAGUUUAGAAUAGGGUACGGCAAGGUAUUUUAGAGUGAUUCAAAUACAAUACGUUUUGUAUUUUACAUCGAGAUAACAGUAGAAUAAGGUAAGGUGGGCUAUAAGAUAAGGCAUGUUAUAGAGGCAUAGUAAAGUAAUAUCAUAGAUUACGGUAAGAUGUAGUGUAUGUAGGACGCUAUAGGCCAAAGUAGGGUUAAGCAAGGUAGUGUGGAGUAGGGUAGGGUAAACUAGAGUAGGGUAGGGUAGGUUAGGGUAGGGUAGGGUGGGGUGGGGGUGUGGUAGGGUAGGGUAGGGUAGGGUAGGGUAGGGUAGGGUAGGGUAGGGUAGGGUAGGGUAGGGUAGGGAAACGAAUGAUUUUUGCACUUUUAGUUGACUCCGAGCUCUUCCUCGGUGAAAUCUACUUGGAAAAGCACUGUGGCCAUUGGAUUUUGAAUUACAGUGACAUCUACAAUAGUAUCGACCCAAAAGAUCGACACAACUUAUUUGUAUCAAUCUCGGUAAAGCCUAACAGAUACAUAAGACCAUACGAGUGGUACCAAAUUAGUAUGGCAUCAUAUGAAGACGGAUAUGUGUUUGUUGAUGACAUUAUUGCAAAAGACAAUAAAACUGAGUUCAAAGCCAAGCUUUAUCAUGUGAAAAGUGAAGACUUUGAUAAGGCUGUUAACAUAGGUAAGUAGAGAAAGGUAGGAUUGGGAGAAAUAGUAUUGUGUAGGGUAGGGUAAGGCAGGGCAGGGUUAGCAUAGGCAUUAGUGGCUAGGGCUAGUGUAGGGUUAUGGAAUUUGUAAGAGAUGGCUAGGGAUGGUCAGAUAUAGUUAGCAAAGAGUAAUAUGACGUCUAGACCACGAUAUAGCCAAUUUAAAGGACCAGUUCGCCCAUUCAAAUAUCUUGGCAUUCUGUCGCAAAAAUUUGACGUUCAUUUCUUUGCAAAAAACCUGAGCAGGUCGGUCCCAAAUUGGAAAAUUCAUUUCGACACCGACCCACUCACGUUUUUUGAGAAAAAUUAUAUUGAUUGAAAUUGCCUGAUUUUCAACGCUUUUUGCGACAGAAUGCCAAUGAUAUUUGAAUGGGCGAACUGGUCCUCUAAGCGGCAUAACUCAGCUUUGAACACUAUGUUAAAUUUGGCGGAAAAUUUAAAAUUCAAAUUUUUAAAGUGCGAUUUAGAAUCUCUAACUUCAUUUGUAGCUUCUACAUGAUAUAAGAACACUGUAAACAGCUUUUUUUGGCAAUCAUGUAUAGUUAAAACACUAUGCCAAUUUGGCCGGGAAAUUAAAAAUUUUAAUUUUAAAGUUCAAAAUUUGGCUUAAAAUUGUGAAAAAUAGAUUUUUGCUUCAUUAUCUAGGCUUAUAUUACAAAUUUUUUUUUCAUUAUUAUAUAUUCAAAUUUAAGACCCAAAAGUUGCCGCACACACCGCCUCCAGCUACCUACAAAUCCGACCACACACUUAUCGUCCAGAAUGUUUUGAGCCUUCAAAUCCAAUCUGCCAAAACAUUUUUAAAGCCCACAAAAGCCAUAAAGACACCUAUCUGCACUACGGUAUCAAAGAUACAGUACCCCAGUACAGUGGAGUACUGAAGAAUUACUCGUCCUGUUUACAGUACGAAAUCAGGCCAGAGACUCAAUUUAAAAAAAAGUCAACCAUCAUUACGUUACUUUUUUUUGUACUGCUGGUCAUACUGGCUGUUGUUGUAUAUACAGCAUAUGAUUACAAUUUACAUGGUGAAGAAAGCUUUAUAGCGACAUACGUUUUCAAGAAGAUAAAACGGCCGAAUUUGGUGGAAAAAGUACAGUAUGCCCGACUGAUCUCAAGUUAUAUUUAA